AUGGGGUCGGCGGCAGACAGGUCACCUCAUGAUAAGUCGAUAUUCCUGUGUUUCAAAGUUUGUCCACUAUAUUGUUCGAAGCGACGACGACGUGACGUGGAUUUACCUCCUUUAGCCUACGGUGAAGACUGGUUUCCCACUCCCGAGUAUUGGGUAGAAGACUUCCAUCACCAUCUUUAUAUACCAUAUCACCACCACACCCAUUGGGUAUACACGCAUAAGCCGACCAUCACACCAAUGCCAACUACUCCAAAGCCGACUACAACUAUGCCACCUACAACAACUGCGGAACCAACUUUUAUUUGUGUUGUUUGUGAAAAUAAAUGUGGAUUCCCACCCAAGUCAAGACGAUAG